AUGCCGUGCGAAUCGCCCGCCAUCGCUGCACAUCAUUGGGAGCCACCGAUGAUCCCAAACGUGGGCCCCGGCGCCUGGCGCUGUCCUCACCCUGUCCCAGCUAGCAUCGAAGCGCACGGCCAGGCCUUGCCUGACAUGGCACAGACGAACGCCAAUUCUUCGACUUCUAGGUUCAUCGUCCUUCUCUCUUGGUAUCACAAUGUCACCUUCCAAGUUGCCGGAGACGCUUUACAUCGUACGGAUACCUCCUCUUCUUCAUGGUUCCAAUCCCCCAACCUCGGGUCCCGCAACACAAGCGAGCAGCAAGCAGCAAGCAGCCAGCAGGAUGGGUCAUGGGUGGCAUGGUGA